UAUACAUUUGUUGAUUGUUGUGCAACCUUCUGACUUAUUAUGUGGAAAUCUGGUUACAUGUAUUUUUUAUAUUUUGGGAUUUGUGUGUUGCUUCCGUCUUCAGAAAGUCUGAAUAAGACAAAUGGAGGAAACUGCGGAACAAACGGAGAAAUCAACUGCUGCAAUAAUUACUACCAAGCGAAAAACACCUGUGUGGAGUGUCCAAAUGGAACAUAUGGCAGGAACUGUUCACUGAAUUGUUCGGAGAACACGUAUGGAAAGAAUUGUUUGAAACUAUGUAAUUGCAAACCAGAUGAAACAUGUGAUUCAAAAAGUGGAACAUGUUCAGUUAAACCCGGAUAUUGCAGAAACGGGACUAGAACUGUUGAAACUCCCUGUUGUAAUAAUUACCUCUACGUGAACACCACCUGUACAAAAUGUCCCAUUGGAACGUAUGGUUUCAAUUGUUCACAGAUUUGUUCAAGUGGAGAUUAUGGGAAGCUAUGCAUAAAACAAUGUGAAUGUCAACCAAAUGAAACAUGUGAUCCAAAACACGGAUGUAAAGGUGCUGGAACAGAUGGCUCGUCUGGUGCGUUCACACGAAUAGAUCCGUGGGUAGUCGGAAUAGUCGGGGUGUCCGCCUUCCUUAUUGCACUUUCUUCAAUUGGAGCCAUUGGGUGGUUAAGAUAUUACAAACUAAGACAAAGGCAAAGUCAUCAAGGUGUUUACUCUCAACCUCUACCGUGUAAUUUACAAUUGGUAUCUAUCCCAGAGGAGGAACGUUAUGAACAAAUGGUUAAGGAUACUCCACAUAAUGAUGAACGGGAUCCACAGCCAUCUCAGAAAGAUGAUGAUUACUUAGAACUCCAGUCACCGUAUGAAUUGUAUGUGAAUCCAGAUGACGGCUUACAGGAAAAUUCAACAACUGACAUGUAUGAAGACCCUAGAGAACAAAAGGAUGAAAUGUAUUUACACCCUGUAUCAGACGGGUACACUAGGAUAUGUGCAUAAUCUACAAAGAAACAGACAUGCAAGAAAUCCAUUUAGACUUCAGGGAGAGAGAGAAAUUGACAGAAGGAGAGAGAGAGAGAGAGAGAAAUCAGUAGCCUGAUAUCUGAUUCAAUAAUUGAUCACUGUUCGUUAUCUUCACCUUGAUAAAGCUCUUGUUGUUAACUGUGAAUAUCUUAUUUGCAAAACUGAGGAACGUGAUUGUGAAGCACUUGAUUGUAAUAUAUUAUCUUUGUACUGUAUAUUAUAGAAUUGUAAAACGUCAAUGGGAAAUGUCUCUCUGAGAAAUGGUACAACACCCAUAACAUCACUCCCCAUUGACUUGGAUUUCAAAUUUCACAAUGCUUUACGGGAUAAAUUUCAAAAUACGAGGACGAGUCAAUAACUAAGCAGUCUAUCCCAUUUCCGAUUGACCGAAACGGUCACGAUUUUCAUGCCUUGUUUCAAUACAUGUUUUAUUCCUGGGUUCAAAAUUGCACACGUAUGGAAACAUUCUUUAAUAAAAUCUUUAAUGUCAAACAUGGCUAGUGAUGUAAAUGCAUGCUUUUCAUCUAAAGUUGAGUACCGUGCUACAAUUUCACUUUGGUACUUGUAUUUAAAAGGUAAAUCAGGCAAGGAAAUAUACGGCAAGUCAACCGAUGUUUAUGGGUCUUUUGUACCAUCUUAGGCUCAGGUUAAAUUCUGGGUAGAAGAAUUGAAACGCAGUAUAACGUCUUUAGGAGAUGAAGCCAGGUCUGGAUGCCACCGACGAAGAAAUGUGUAAGAAAGUUCGGGAUCUGGUAUACUCUGAUAGGCGAAUUCAGGUGGAAGAAAUAGCGCAGGCAUUAGGAAUUUCACAUGGUAGCGUUUCAACAAUCUUACAUGACUGUUGAGGUAUGUGCAAGCUAACAGUCCAUUGGGUCCCCAAAUCCCUUAGUGAUGAGCAAAUGGCAACCAGAGCAUGAGUAUGCAGCGCGUUGUUGAAGACUUUUAAGUCCAAAGAUAAUUUUCUUUUGCGUCUGGUGACUAGGUGAGACUUGGGUUCAUUAUUAUGAGCCAGAGAAUAAAGUACAGAGUCGUCAGUGAGUAGGGCCUGGGUCCCCGAAGCCAAAGAUGUUCAAGAAGCAACCAUCUGCUGGCAAAGUGAUGACCACAGUGUAUUGGGACGCAAAAGGCGUUAUUUUGUUGGACUUUUUACCCAAAAGAAGUACGAUAACUGGAUUGUACUAUGCAAACUUGCUAGACCAGUUGAGAACCGCCAUCUGUGAAAAA